AUUUGUUAGUGAUUGAUCUUAAACUUGGAGAAAAAAGCAACAAAAUAAAUAUAUAUCAUAAAUUAUAUCUUUUUAUUUUAUAUACUCGUAUUCAUUUUCUCUUCUUAUCUUCUAGUUCAUCUCAACGUUUCACGAGGAGCCUUCGUAUACCGACACUUCUCUUCCAUCUAUUACUCGACGAAAUAAUGAAAAUUUCCUUGUCGGCGAGCUGCAAGAAAGCUGCGGCGGAGCCGCCGCUAAUAGACUUCCAAGGAACAAACACCAUCAAUUUGAAGCCAUUUUUCCGGCGGAAAGACAAGUUAGUGUUUGUAAUGGGUGCAACCGGAACUGGAAAGUCCCGGUUGGCCGUCGAUUUAGCCACCCGUUUCCCAGCUGAAAUCGUAAACUCCGACAAAAUCCAAAUCUACAAAGGACUCGAAGUCGUCACCAAUAAGGUAACCGAAAAAGAAUGCUGUGGUGUCCCACAUCACCUCCUCGGAAUCGCUGAUCCAAACUCCAACUUCACCGCCGCGGACUUCCGCCGCCACGCCACGUCAACGAUAAACUCCAUCGUUGGAAAACACCGGCUUCCCAUCGUGGCCGGCGGCUCCAACUCCUUCAUCGAAUCUCUUGUCGACGGCGACGCCGAGUUCCGAUACCAGUACGAAUGUUGCUUCCUAUGGGUCGACGUGUCCUUACCAGUCCUACACUCCUUCGUGUCGGAACGCGUCGAUCGGAUGUUGGACAACGGCUUCAUUAACGAGGUACGGAAUUUAUUCGAUCGUAAUGAAAACGAUUACACGCGUGGGAUCCGACGCGCCAUUGGCGUUCCUGAACUCGACGCGUUUCUACGCGCCGAGAUGGAUUCCGCCACCGAUUACAGAGCCCGAUCUAGAAUUCUCGAAGCGGCCAUUUUGAAGAUAAAGGAAAACACCAGAAAAUUGGCAUUCCGACAAUGGCAGAACAUCCGCCGCCUUCGGAGCAAACGAGGAUGGAAUCUCCACCGCAUUGACGCCACUGAAGUCUUCCAACACCGUGACAACAAACAACAUUCCGACCAUGUUUGGGAGGCGCUCGUCACCGAGCCGGCCUCCAAAAUCCUUCACCAAUUCCUAUGUCAAAAUACUUACACCGUCAAUAUUCCGACCACCACCAUUAAAUCAAAUUUAACUGUCUUUUAAAUAUGCAAUUAUUAUAAUUAAAUUACCAAAAUAUAAUAAUUUUAGGUAGUGUGUGGAUGCAUGCUUUGUUAGCUAAA